AAAGUACGAUUGUUGUAAUAAUCUGUCAAUUCCAAGUGUCCUUCAGGGCAGAUUUAGGGGAAACCUCUGGGAAUCUCUGCUUCAGUUUAAAGCCUGUGGCCCUAUCAGAGUUCAAACAGCAGAGAGAGAGAUGGAACAUUUUCAAGUCUACAGGGUGGGAGAUCUUAUUUAUGGUCAGUUCAUUGUGGCCAACAAAGACAUGGAACCAGAGAUGGUCUGUAUAGACAGCAGUGGAAGAGCAAAUGGAAUGGGAGUAAUUGGACACGAAGGCCUGUUGUUUAAGGUUUCUUUAGGUCUAAUAAGAAAGCUUUUAACUCCCAAUUGUGAAAUCAUUCAGGAAUUGGGACAACUGUACCCUUUUGAAAUAGUAUUUGGAAUGAAUGGAAGAAUAUGGGUAAAAGCAAAAACAAUUCAACAGACUUUAAUUGUGGCAAAUAUCUUGGAAGCCUGUGAGCAUAUGACAGCAGAACAAAGAAUGCAAGCAUUUGCCAAACUAUCAGAGAGAUGACGUAAAGAAAAUGUUGGGUUCAUUUGUCUUUGCAAGGAUUGUAAUAUUUUUGUAGUAAGAUGUAUAUUAAUAACCCAUUUUUAAAUGCUGCAUCUGCCGUUUGUUCAUUCUUUUUACCUACCACUCCCUCUUUCCCGAUCGCUUGAUCUCUUUAGUCGUCCACACUCAAGAAUUCCCUCCACUUUCUCAGCAGCCGUGUUUUGAUUAUUAUGAAACAAAUAGAUAUAAUCUUCUAAAGUCUCUCACAAUAAAGCAUUAUUGGAGUGCA